AUGAUGGAUAAGUACUCGGCAGAAAUAGUCGAUGAGCUGACCAAGAAAAAAGUCAGAAAACCUGUAAUUGAUGAAAAUAUGCUGAAGCUGCUGCUUAACCUUCUAUGCGUCAAGAAGCGUCGAACAGACCUGGCUAAAUAUGUUAAUGAGCCAAAGCAGAGCUCCAGUUCCUCAAACGGGUCCUGUCAACAGGGUCGACGAUCAUCCACACCCCCUUCGCCCAAGGCGAAUGGCUGUCGAGGUUCGGGCUCGCACUCACCAAGGCGAAACCCGAACGAGGGGUCAGGCACGAAAAAUUCUGGUACCCAGAGAGACAGGUCUCCUUCGCAAGAGUCACAGUCGCGCUACUAUCAGUGCAACCACCUUGGCCACUAUGCACGGAACUGCCCGAAUAAAAGGCAGGGAAACAAGAGGAGGCAGACGUAA